AUGUCAGUUCUCUGGAAACGAAUUAAUGACACUGGCAAGAAUUGGCGUCAUGUCUACAAGGCUUUGACUGUUUUGGAAUACCUGGUUGCUAAUGGAUCAGAGCGUGUCAUAGAUGAGAUAAGGGAACAUUCAUAUCAAAUAUCGACAUUGUCAGAUUUCCAAUAUAUUGAUUCCAGUGGAAAGGACCAGGGUAACAAUGUCAGGAAGAAAUCCCAGAGCCUUGUGGUCCUGGUGAAUGAUAAAGAAAGGAUAGUUGAAGCUAGGCAGAAGGCUGCUGCUAACAGGGACAAAUUUCGCAACACAUCACCUGGUGGAAUGUAUAGACCUGGUUCUUACUCAAAUACAGGAGGAUACGAUGAUGAUGGUCGCUAUGGAAGCAGGGAUGAAGAUCGAAAUGGAUAUGGUUAUGGCAAAGAAAGAGAAUACAACUACAGGGAUGAUGACCGGUAUGGUAAAUAUGGGGACUCUUAUGGUCGUGAUGGAGAUCGUUAUGGUGAAGAACGGUAUGGCAGAGAUGGAUAUAGGGAUGAUGACUAUCGGGGAAGAAGUCGAAGCAUUGAUGGUGACGGUUCAAGAAGCAGGAGCUCUGAUAGAGAUAGAGAUAGAGAUCGUGCUUUUGAUGAUGAUGGUCAAUCUUCAUCUCGUGGCAGUGGCGCUAGAGCUGAUGAUCAGUCUCAUGACGGAAGCAUUGCCAAGCGGCUUGAACGAAAAUUUUCUGAGCAAAAUAUUGGUGGUCCUCCCAGCUAUGAAGAAGCUGUAAGUGAAUCCCGAAGCCCUGCUCAUAGUGAAAGGAAUGGAGAAACUUUAGCAGCACCUGCUCCCGGAGCUUCUUCCCCACCAGCUCCUAGAUCUUCUUCUCCACCUACUUUUAACGCUGCCUCUCCACCUCCAAGCAUUCCUGGACAAGCAAACACUUCUUCUGUGACGUUUGCAUCUCCUGCAGACCAGGAAGUUGAGGCGGCUGAUGAAUUUGAUCCUCGUGGUCCUGUUUCAGCUGCCCCCACAGCCACAUCUGCUCCAACUGCCUCCGCUUUCCCUACCACUUCAAACAAUGCUGAAAUGGACUUACUUGGCUCUUUGUCAGAUGUGUUUGCUCCAAAUCCAUUGGCCAUCAUGCCAGUUACUUCUGCAACUACCUCUGAAGCUGAUGCCCAGGCAAACUUUCCAGGACCUGUGUUUGCUGCAACCCAAUCAGCAUCUGUUAUGAAUCAGGCUUUUGAAGAUCCAUUUGGUGACUCUCCUUUCAAAGCUACACCUACAGAGAAUUUUUCAGCUCAACAGCCAACUUCUUCUGCUGCCCCUUUCCAGCCUACCGUGAAUCAGAGUGCUGAAAUGCCCAAUGCAGUUGCACCACCAAAUGUUGACACAUUCUCUGGCAUGACUUAUUCAUCAUCCAAUGUUCAACCUCCUUCAACAAACCCACACUUUUUGCCUCAAGAAAUGUCAAGUUCUUAUCCUGAAACUGAUAUUCUGGCAGACAUCCUCCCACUGUCUGCUCCGUCUGCUGUAGCUUCACAGGCAGGUUUUUCACUUCCAACUGGCCAACCUCCACAGCCAGGCGCUUCUGUGUAUGGGAACUUCAAUUCACCAGCAGGGAAUAUGGUACUGCCGGCAGCUCCACACAUGGCUCCUCAGGCCCAGCAAUUAAGCAGUGCAAACUUCCUUCCACAGGGAGGAUCCCCAGCUCCUAUCAAUUCCAACAUGGCUGCUGGACCAAUGGCACAGUUUAAUAAUGGAAACUUACUUCCACAACAAGGUUCUACAACUCCAGCUGUCUCACAAUUUUCUCACCAUACAGCAACUGGAUCAGCACAACAAUAUAACAGUGGAAACUUUCUCCCACAACAUGCCUCUACAGUCCCGGUUGCUUCACAAUUUACCUACCAAACUCCAACUGCUUCAUCUCCUCAACAGAAUGAUGUCCCGGGUAAUAUGUUUUCUCAAGGGCCAAACAAUUUCAUGGCUUCUCAGACAACUCUUCCAUCUUCAACAGGGUCGCUUGCUAUAGUUCCUCAACCAUCCAAGGACAAAUUUGAGACCAAGUCAACAGUGUGGGCAGAUACUCUGAGCAGAGGGCUGGUCAAUUUGAAUAUUUCAGGACCUAAAACCAAUCCAUUGGCUGACAUUGGAGUCGAUUUUGAUGCCCUUAAUCGCAAGGAAAAGAGAAUGGAAAAACAGCCCAUGACUCCAGUUAUAUCUACAAUCAACAUGGGCAAAGCUAUGGGAUCUGGUACUGGGAUGGGCCGAGCUGCUGCAGGUGCUCUCAGGCCGCCUCCAAACCCCAUUGUCGGUUCUGGUUCAGGCGUGGGAGGUUAUGGGGGAGUGCAUCAACCCAUUGGUGUGGGUAUGGGACCAGUGAUGAAUGUGGGCAUGAAUAUGGGAAUGAUGCAGGGUGGCCAGAUGCCUCCUGGAUCAGCCAUACCUGGUGGCUAUAACCCCAUGAUGGGCUCUGGUGGUUACACUCCCCAACAACCUUAUGGUGGCAGAUAUCGAUGA